AUGUCCACUCCCUGGAUAUUCAUAUGCCCAUCCAGCCGUGGCAUCGGCCACACCCUAACGCAACACCUCCUCAAAACCACAACCCUCCCCAUCCUCGCAACCACGCGCAACACCAACCCCUCCGCCACCAAAUCCUCCAUCCUCAACACCCUUCAAGCAAACAACCACGCCGACUUCUCCUCGCGCCUACACCUCCUCACAAUGGACGUCACGGACCCUCCCUCCAUGGAAGAAGCGUCCCGCCAAGCACGGGCCUUAUUCCCCGCCAAAACACACCACCUACAUCUCUCGUUUGCGAUUCCCGGUAUUUUGACGCCGGAGAAGAGUCUCGCGGGUAUAGAUCCCGAUUCUAGCAUGGCAAUGUUUCAAGUGAAUACCCUGGGACCAUUACUGCUAGCAAAGUACUUUGCGGAGUUUUUGCCUCGUCGUUCUACGGAGAUUGAUGUAGAUAAAUUGGAUGGGGUGUCGAGGCAUGCUACGUGGGUGUUCAUGUCUGCGAGGGUUGGAUCCGUGACAGAUAAUAGGUCGGGGGGCUGGUUUUCAUACCGGGCGAGUAAAGCGGCCGUGAAUAGUAUUACCAAGAGUGUGGAUAUUAUGCUCAAGACGAGGAGUGGUGAUAAGGCUUUGGCCAUUGCGUAUCAUCCUGGUACGGUGAAGACGGGGUUGAGUGAGGAGUUUUGGGGGAGGGUGCCUGAGAAGCAACUCUUUACGCCUGAGUAUGCGGUUGAUAGGAUGGUGAGUGUAGUUAAUGGACUGGAUGUUAGUCAGCGGGGUAGAUGUUGGGACUGGAAGGGAGAGGAGAUUCCGCCAUAG